AACACCACUCCAGUCGCCCGUCAGACGUCGAGCGUUGCGCGCGUCUGUCACGACAUCGCCCGCAACUCGACAGCCAUGUGGUGAAGUGAAACUGUCAAACGUGAUAUCGUGAUACACUUUCGCAUACCGGUGAUUAUCGGUACAUGUGAACAUUAACCAUACAUCUCCGCUUGUGAUUUGUGUAUUCGAAGUGGUGCCACUGUUUUGGAAAAUUGGAUUAUACGAACGAAUAAUGGCCUUAGCCAGGUAUAAUCAGCAAACCGCGCGCUCUCCUUGGUUAAAGCUCGGGUCAGGCAGCGAGUGCGGUGGAGGGUCGGGCGGCGGCGCGCCCGCUCCUCAGUCGGCGCGCGUCUCAUCGAACGGCGCCGGAGGGAUGGCGGUGAGCCGCGUGCCCAGCCCGCUGCACGACGGGAAUACGCCCGUCGCAGAGAACUGGUGCUUUACACAGGUCAAAGUGGUGAAAUUCAGUUACAUGUGGACAAUUAAUAAUUUUAGUUUUUGUAGAGAAGAGAUGGGUGAAGUGUUAAAAUCAUCGACUUUCUCAGCCGGUGCUAGUGACAAAUUAAAAUGGUGUCUGCGCGUAAAUCCCAAAGGACUCGAUGAAGAGAGCAAAGACUAUUUAUCAUUAUAUCUAUUAUUAGUGUCGUGUAAUAAAUCAGAAGUGCGUGCAAAGUUCAAAUUCUCAAUAUUGAACGCGAAACGGGAAGAAACAAAAGCGAUGGAGUCACAGCGAGCAUACAGAUUUGUACAAGGCAAAGACUGGGGAUUCAAAAAGUUUAUCCGAAGAGACUUCUUGUUAGAUGAGGCAAAUGGUCUGUUACCAGAGGACAAACUGACGAUAUUUUGUGAAGUGUCAGUAGUCGCAGAUAGCAUAAACAUAAGUGGACAGAGCAAUGUGAUGCAGUUCAAAGUGCCAGAAUGCAGACUCUCGGAUGAUUUGGGCGCGCUGUUCGACAACGAAAGGUUCUCUGACGUCACGUUAGCGGUCGGGGGCAGGGAGUUCCAGGCGCAUAAAGCUAUAUUAGCAGCGCGGAGCCCCGUCUUUGCAGCGAUGUUUGAACACGAAAUGGAAGAGAGAAAAAGAAAUCGUGUGGACAUCACAGACGUAGACCACGAAGUGUUAAGAGAAAUGCUUCGGUUCAUAUACACGGGGCGCGCGCCCAAUCUUGACAAAAUGGCAGACGACCUACUGGCCGCCGCUGAUAAGUACGCUUUGGACAGGCUAAAAGUGAUGUGCGAAGAGGCGUUAUGCCUUAGCCUGUCCGUGGAGACGGCGGCCGACACACUCAUUCUGGCCGACCUGCAUUCCGCCGACCAGCUCAAAGCGCAGACCAUCGAUUUCAUAAACACGAGUCACGCAACGGACGUGAUGGACACAGCCGGGUGGAAGAACAUGAUAUCGUCGCACCCGCACCUCAUCGCCGAGGCCUUCCGAGCGCUCGCCACGCAGCAGCAGCAGAUACCGCCCAUCGGGCCGCCGCGCAAGCGCGUCAAGCAGGCCUAGUGCGCGCCACCCACGCCCGCGCGCGCCGAGACCUCGGCCUCUCGCGCCCACCGCGCCGAAUAGCGCCGAGACCUCGGCCUCUCGCGCCCACCGCGCCGAAUAGCGCCGAGACCUCGGCCUCUCGCGCCCACCGCGCCGAAUAGCGCCGAGACCUCGGCCUCUCGCGCCCACCGCGCCGAAUAGCGCCGAGACCUCGGCCUCUCGCGCCCACCGCGCCGAAUAGCGCCGAGACCUCGGCCUCUCGCGCCCACCGCGCCGAAUAGCGCCGAGACCUCGGCCUCGGCCCACCGCGCCGAAUAGCGCCGAGCGCGCCCGAGCGAGGCCUAGCGUUGGUCCUUGCCAGAGUACCGAACAUAAAUCUAUACAGUACCGUAACGUUUUUUGAAAUUGGAACGCACGGCUAGGUUUGGUGUCGUACAAAAACUGUACCUCUAGCACGAAAAACUUUCGACUUCGAAUCGUUUGCGUAUUCGAAUCACCAUCAAAAGAUUUAGUACGAAAACUAAAACAGCGCCCUUGUGAACGUGUCGUAAAGUGAACUUAGUAUGAGAAAUGGUUGCACGAAACUUAUUUUGACUAUCAAAAUUGUCACAUUAUCGUUUAAUUCAAAGGUUGGGUAUCGAAUUUCGUCGAACACGCAAACGAUUCGAAGACGAAAGUUGUUCAUGCUAGAGGCACUGAGGGCGUGCGAGUUUACGUCAAACGCAUUCGAUGUCGACUGCGUAAAAAGUAACAUGUAUGAUUUUACAGCGCCCCUAGCGGAAACUUUCAAGAACUGAAAUCUCCAUUUUAUUAACGCGCUCGCUGGUGAUGACGUUUGAUGUAAACUCACACUAAACUCUCUGUAGGUCAAAACGUCAUGUCAAAAGAUUUGGCUGUAUGGCGUAUGCCUUUGCCUUUUUCUGCAAAAAAGUUGCAAUUUCCGAAGCGUGACACUUCACAAAUUCGGGCGCUAGCAUGUAGUUGCGAGUACUGUAUGAUUCAUGUAAAGCCUGGUCCGUGAGCACGUAGAAUUUUGUCCAAUGACCCCAAGCUACCCAUCCUUAUCGCUCGCGCGUAAUUAUGUUGCU